AUGAUGGUGACAAAGGCAACAUGGAUGAUGAUGCCGAUAUUGGAUAAUGGUGAUGAUGAUGUUGAUGAUGAUGACGACGUCGAAAAUAGUGAUAAUGACGAUGUUGAUGAUGAUGAUGAUGAUUAUGAUGGUGACGACGACGACGACAAUGCUGAUGCAGGUGACGGCGAUGACGAUGAUGAUGAUGAUGAUUUUGAUGAUGGUGAUGAUGAUGACCACAAUGAUGACGACGACGAUGAUGAUGAUGACGAAGACGACGACGGCGAUGAUGUAAGUCUUGCUGAUGGUGACGAUGAUGACAAAGAUGAUGAUAGGGAUGAUGCUGACGAUGAUGAUAUCCAUGUUGAUGAAGACGUUGAUGAUGAUGAUGAGGAUGAUGGUGAAAACGACAACGAUGGUGAUGAUCAUGAUGUUGAUGAUGAUGUCGACAUGGAUAAUGGUGGUGACGAUGAUGAUGAUCGUGACGACGACGACGACGAUGAUGAUGCUGAUUAUGCUGAUUGUGUUGAUGACGGUGACAAUGGUGGCGUCGGCGACGACGAUGAUGAUGAUGAUAAGGACGGCGACGGUGAUGAUGAUGACCAUAUUGACGACGAAGACGACGAUAGCUAUGAUGCUAGGGAUGAUGAUGAUGAUGUUGGCGACGAUGAUGAUGCUGACGAUGGUGAUGAUGAAAUUGAUGUUGACGACGAUGAUGAUGACCGCGAUGAUGAUUUUGGUGCUGAUGAUGAUGAU